AUGGCUACCACAACAAGCCUCAACCCAGCCUCCCGGCCUUCCAUCGCCCCCGUCCUACCGCCUCUCUUCCUAGGCACAGCAACCUUCAACACCCAGCAUGUAAAGGACCCGCUGCAGAUGCCGUACAGGCAAAUCGUCUCAAGGGCGCUAGAGCUCGGCGUCAACGGCUUCGACACAUCGCCGUACUACGGCCCCUCAGAAGUCCUGCUCGGUGACGCCCUGGCCGCCCACACCGCAGCCACCAACAUCCCCAGAGAGUCCUACGUGCUGGUCACAAAGGCAGGCCGCAUCGCCGGCAACGAGUUUGACUACUCGCCGGCGUACGUGCGCUACUCUGUCCUCCGCUCCCUCAGCCGCCUCAACACGACGUACCUCGACCUCGUGUACAUGCACGACGUCGAGUUCGUCUCCCCCGCAGAAGUCCUUGCUGCCGUCCAGACGUUAAGACAGCUUCGCGAUGAGGGCAAGAUCCGCUAUGUCGGUAUCAGUGGUUUCCCCGUUCACGUUCUCUGCAGUCUCGCCGAGAUGAUCCUCGCUGAGACAGGGGAGGCUCUCGAUGCAAUCCUGAGCUACGGCCACUUCACCAUCCAGAACCCCACGCUCGGCCUCGCAGAGGUUGUCGCCGGACCCGACCACAACGACGAGCAGAGCCCGCUGCGGAGAUUCCGCAACGCCGGCGUGCAGGUCGUGCUGAACGCAAGCAUGCUCGGUAUGGGUCUCCUCACAUCCACAGGCGUUCCCGCGCGCACGGAGACGGCGGAGGGCAAGGCCGGCGUUAUCGCAUCGUGGCACCCCGCGCCGGAUGACCUGCGCUCGGCAUGCCAGAAGCUCUCGGCCAUCGCCAGCGAUGCCGGCGAGCGUCUGGAAACCGUGGCGCUUCACUGGUCAAUGGAGGAGUACGCCCGCGUCGGCGCCGCAGCUGGUCUCGGCGUGCAAUUGCCGGGCCAGAGCGGCGACGUGCGCGUCGGAGGCAGCGUCAUGGGCGUCACCAGCACCGCGGAGCUCGAGCAGACUGUCGAGUCGUGGAAGCUUGUGCUCCAGGGUCUCGCUGCUGGCAGCGAGGCUUCGGCGCGGUAUGAGAAGCUCAAGGCUCUCGUGGAGCAGAAGAUGUGGCCCGAGUUGGGCGUCUGGAAGGGCUACAGCUGGGCGAGCCCCGAUGAGGGCUUCCAGAACGAGAGGAGCGCGGAUAAGUUUGGCUUGAUCCCGGAGGAGGAUGAACUGAUGACCAACUUCAUGACUAGAAUUUCCAGCAAUUUCGAUCAGCAUCUGAUUGGUCAAUAUGCCUUGGCACACCAGCCCCCAUGGCGAUGCAGACUACGGAAUCGUUAUGAGGCGCACCAUCAGCUGCGACGAAUAAUUGGACUGGAAUUGAACCAUAAGGCGAGAUCUCCCCGCCCACAGCCUGAUCGUAUCUUCGCCAUUCUCCCCUUUUCAAGUACGCGGAUGGCAGAAGCCUUCGGUCUUGUGGCGAGCGUCUUCGCAACUAUUCAGAUCGCGGAUAGAGUAGUAUCAAUCUGCAAGGACUACAUCGAGAACGUCCGGGAUGCACCCUCCGAUCUACGCACGAUCCUCGUCGAAUGUUCCUCGGUGGGGGCAGUCUUGCAGAACGUCGAGUUCCUCCUCAAAUUCGAAGAACCAUACUCGGCUUUGCGAAAAGCUUUGGACGGAGAUGCAGGGCCUGUUGCAGAAUGCCAUGGCGCCAUCGAACAGCUAGAGAAGUUGAUCGCCUCUGACCAAAACCAGGCACAAGGGCCCACUGAUUCGAAGAGAAAGAAAGUGCAGGUCACUCUGAGGAACUUGGCAUGGCCGUUGAAGGAGACGAAGGCCAAAAAACAGCUCCAAGACGUUGCACGGUGCAAAAAUACAAUCAGUCUCGCUUUGACCGCAACAUCCAGUCAUGACAUCAAGCUCAUACGCGAGGGAACUUCACGCAUCCAGCAAGUUCUGACUGAAAACCAACGAAACGAUGUGUACAAGUGGCUCAGACAUACUGACCCGUCAUCAAUUCACUACUUCGCGACCAAAAGGUCUGACCUGCCUACGUGUAUACCAACAACUACCGAGCUUGCACAAAUCACGAACCUGGAACGUGCGAAUGGAUGUCACGUACUCCAGAGUGGGCCCAGUUCAGUCAAGGAGAUGUACGAUGCCUGUGGAUUCAUGGCAUCCCGGGAGCCGGCAAAACUAUCUUGGCUUCACAACUCGCUGAGAAAAUCGAAGAGAAUUGCCGACAGUCUACUUCAAGACGAGUCAGCUCCAUUUUUGAGAUGGGUCCUUGAGCGUAUGUGUAGGAAGGUAGAUCAGGUCCCAGACCAUCUUUGGACAAUGUUCAAGGAUGGCAAGGAUCCUAGCCUCAGCGACCUGCUCACUGCUCUUGAGGCUGUCUCACGCUACUUCAGCGGUGUUCACAUCACGAUUGACGCUGUUGACGAAAGCAGUCCCCGAGAAGAGCUUCUCAAGGUCUUGCGAGAUCUCGCCACCGACUUGAGAUUCUCAAACAUCCGCCUCCUGGUAACGAGUCGCGAAUAUCUGGACAUCGAAAAAGUCAUGGAAGAGGUUUCGACGGAAAUUUCUAUGAGAAACGAGUACCUCGAUGCUGAUAUUCGUCUGUAUACUGAAUCUCGACUCGCUACCAACGACAAGUUGAAGGACUGGACAGAAGAUGUACGCCAAGAGGCUCUAGAGGCCUUGUGUAUUGGCGCAAAAGGAAUGUUUCGUUGGAUCGUGUGCCAGCUCGAUUCUUUGCGACGAAUCAAAGGGAGUAAGGCAGCUAUCAUGAACGAACUAAGAAAUCCUCCAAAAACCCUCGAUGAAGCAUACGACAGAAUUUUCGAGACCAUGCCCGAAGAAGAUCUUCAAAUUGUGGUUUCGGCCCUUGAUUGGAUCUGCUUCAACAACAAAGUUUUUGGGCGCGACUGGAUCGACUCCAACGUAUUGAUAGAGGCAAUCCAAAAAGACUUGUCACGGCAAAGCCGGUGUGCAAAAGACUACCGCUACGAUGUCGAAUUUCUUCGCGAAUUAUGCGGCUGUCUCAUAACUGUCACGGCAGAUGUCGAAUUUGACUUUUGUGGCGGAUUAGAAAUCUCAUUCUCGCAUUACACUGUCAUGGAAUAUUUGGCCACGUCGAUCGGUUUUAGUCCUGAAUGCUGUUUUCGCCUUGACAAGUCCACAGCCCUAAGCGAACGAGCAAGCAUUAUUUCCUCGGAAGCAUUUCAGUACAAGAUCGGCGAGACAAGGACUCUUGAGAACCAUCGAACUUCUCCGACCCUCACAUGGCAGUUCGACUUUGGAACGUAUUGCAGUCUCGCAGUCAUGAAAAUGAUUCGUGAUUGUGAAGACGUUCUCCUACAGAAUGAGGAACUUGCUAUCAUGCUUACGACUUCACACCACUCAAGAACACAUCCUUUUGACACGAUUCAUAAUAUGGAACUCAUAGAAGACGGGGAACCAGUCGUGGAAAUAUUCCUUGGUUCGCAUUUGAUCGGCUUCUUGUACCUGCAAGCUUUCAAGCUAGCGGACUCCAUGCUACGCAAAGAGGGUUGUGCAGGGAAUCUCUUGCAGACUAUAGUACACAUGGGUUACCGAUUUGAUUUUGAGGAGUCGAUACAAAAUUUCCAUCUUCCUCUUAUGAGUUUUCUUGCGGCCACUGGUUCGGAAAGCUUCAUGGGUGAAGCAUUGCACCACCUCUUAACGAACUGGCACGAAGCUAUCGACUUUCGCUGUCUUCUCCUGGACUUCGUUGCUUUACAUGGCCAUGAGGAGUAUAGAGAAUACCCCUUAUCCGCGCUUCCAGCCUGCAUUGAGAUGUGCAGACUUGAGGAACUGCUAGAUCUGGGUGCGGAAACAGAUGCAUCAGACUUUGUAGUCACGCCACUGCAAGUCGCCGUCGCUUGUUUGGAUCAGGACGGAGUGGUAAUUCUGCUCGAGGGCGGAGCGAAUCCAGACGCUAGAGGGAAUCCAGCUGCAAUGAAUCGGCCAGAGCAUACUAUAUUACGUGCGUGCGAUUAUCUCAGUGGUAUGACCCCACUCCAAAUAUGUCGAUAUAAGACCCAAAAGCCAUGUCUAAAGGCUUUACUCGACUGUGGAGGAAUUUUUCAGGGAUUCGUCAACGACCGCCUGGAAAACAUCGAGGAGAUCUCGGGCCGAAUCGAGGCUAUGCUACUCAAAUACGGUGCUACAUAA